GACAUCUAUGUCAUAGAUCUUAUAGCUCCACGGUAUUUACAAAGCAUACUCGUACUGUAUAGCUGAACAGGAAGCAUACUGUAUGAAACAGAAAAAUGACAGCGUUGGGUGUCACAGAAGAAACAGAUCCCUGAGUUGUGAGCACAACGCAGCAACAAGCUCGACCUCAUGUAUACAAUCCUUUGAUUGAAGAUUCGAACAUGGAAGCCACUUUCACCAAAGUCGGGGGGAUAGAAGACUUUGAUAGCCGCAGUGUAAGCUCGUUGACGACAGUGCCAAUAUCCAAUAAAAGCAAUAUAACUUCAGAUGUUAGUAGUAGGUUUUCGGGCGAAGUACUGGAGAACCCCGAUGAAACUGACACUAGUACUUCCAACGUUGACGAAUUGGACGAAGACUUACUGGACGCAGACUUACAGGAGAAAUUACGAGAAGCCUCUCGACAAGCUGCUCGACAAGCUGCUCGACAAGCUCGAGAAGCACGACAAGCAGCUAAAAGAAAGCAGCGUAAGCGAAAUUGGGAAAGGUUUCUUCAAAAUGGACACGAAGACGCAAAAAAAGACAAUAAGAAGCACUGUGACGAUGAGAACGGAGACGAAGGCGGGAAUUCCGACUCGAAGCGUCCCGCGGUGGCUGCGGCUCCAGCUUCUGUUGGUGUUGCUAGUAAAUAAUGGGGUUGUACAGAAACGAAUACUGUACAAUUCACGCCGACAAGGACGGUGUUUUUUCGUUUGAAAGUGUACCACUUGGGGCAGGCUUCAGAUGCUUCUUUAGGCGCUGUGUCUAGCUAGCUAGCUGUACGAAGUAUGCAUUUAUACGAUAGAAAGAUCGCAAUAGGCCAGCGAGAGAAAUGACAAUGCUAGAAUGGCAUCCGCAGCUGCACAUCUCUUACCGUACGGGUCUUUUCAUCGUUAUUCCAGGAUACAGCACCACAGAAGAGUAUAUACCGCUACAGUACUGUACUUGGAGAUUUAUUCUGUACCGUACACGUCACGCCGCACCGUACCGUAC